GACAUGAGCACAAUAUGCGCAUGCGUUAUCUACAUUGCGUUGGCAACAAGAAGCAAGCACAUGUCUUGAUUAUUGAUACAUAUCAACUUACCUGUGUCUGCAGCGCAAACGUCUUACUAGUGAGAUGCAGUUCCACGAAAGUAGUGAAAGAUUGCAGUUACUAAGAAGGAAUCUUAUGCAAACACGAAUGCCUUGUCGUGGUGGACCAAAGGAUUCAGCUAAAGAUGACAGCGAAGAACAAACCAGACGAUUGGAAGAUCAGCUUGAAGAAUUAGAUGAUGUGUUGUCAGAACAGAGAGUAUUAAGAAAAGGUAACAUAUCAGUUGGACAUUGGAAUAGUGAGAAACAACUAGUCGAAAUUUCAAUUGUAAAGGGUGUCCAUUGGAAUGUGUUUGGUAAAAUGAUUGGUGGUCAACUUGUGCUGCUACCAGAAGAAGCGUUGUACUUACUUGACCAUGGAUUGUUGGAGAUAUACUAUAACAAGUUACCUAUUUCUGUACAACAGGGAUAUGAAUUGUUUCUGUCUGAUGUAUUUCCUCUUCAUCAUUACGUUGUUUAUUGUCAUCUGAGGAAUCUUGGCUUUAUUGUAUUUCGUCAUGAAAAGAGAGUUACUGGAAAAGGGAACCAAAAUAUUUCUGUUGAGCAACCAGCAGAAAUGGCUAGUGAAAUACAGAAAAAAUCAGCAGAAGUAAAGAAGGCAGUGAUUCCGGAUGAUAAAAAUCCUGCAAUGCAUUAUUGGAAUGAUGAUGAAUGUUGUCCAUUGGUUCAUCCUAAUGAUGCAACAUCCCUUGAAAAUAUUCUGGAUAAACUACAAAUCAUCAAAGGUCAAACAGUUGCAGAUGCCUCAAAAUUGUGUGAGAAAGAAUACUGUAGAUUUAAAAUAACCUACAAUGUUUACCAACCACAGAAAAACUUCAAGAAAAGUGACCCUGGUUUGCCAAAUCAUUGUAUUUGUGUCUGUAGAUUUUGUGAUUCCCCACCUACCAUUGGUGAGAUGAACCAAAUGGCAGCUGCGGCACAUCCAGUCCCAUUGAAGUAUGCUGUGGUUGAAGGAAGAGAUGUUUCUUUCUAUUCUAUGUUGGAUGUACAACUACCUACAUAUUUUGAAAAGGGUUAGCAUUGUAAUGCUUUAAGUUAAGUAAUUCAUACUUGAUUGUUGCUACUUGUGAUCAACUGUUGCAAUUUAUUAGCAAUCAACUGUUGAAGUUAAUGUUGCAAUUCACUAUUUAAUGCUGCAAUUUAAUAUUCAAUGUUGCAAUUUACCAUCUAAUGUUCCAAUUUAAAAUUUUUAAUGCUACAGUUUAUUUCCAUUUUGGAGCAAUGUCACGAUUAUUGUCAUGGAUGAUUAUUCAUUAAUGAGAAAUUGCAAUUGAAUGAAUAUCACAAUACUGCAUAAAUUACUCUGCACCAAAAUUUUUGUGAUCCAAAUAAAAUUGCAGUUUUUUAAACU